CUAUUCAAUGUCUAUAAAAGAUAACAGUCGACAGGCGCCUUUUAGAAGUAGUGAACCGCCUCAAAUAUUUCGAUAUAUUAUUUAAUUCCAAACUUAAUCAACCUACGUAUAUUUCUAUUGUAUUAAUAAUUACUAUCUUCUUCGAAGUGGCGGUCGUAACAAAUGCAUUUAAACGAAAAAAGAAUAUCUAACACUAACCACAAAACAUAACCUUACUUUGAUCAUUUUUCAACAUAAUUUCUUAUUUACACCUGUUAUCUGUGUUUGAUUCUUAUUAAGAUAAGAACUCUUUUUAUAGCGUACUCGUUGUAUUUUGAUAGCAGAAUCAACGAAGAAAUAGCGGAAUAAGGAGCUUUUUACAAAAUGGCAUCGAAUCAGGUUGAAAAAAUUGUUAAUUUAUAUAAAACAUUAGCUCGGAAUCCGUCAUUAAGCGGUGCAAAGAUUCUUCGAGCGACUAGUAGUGGAGUACUAAUUUUAAGUACUUGGUCCCAAAGAAAUUUAGAGAGGAAAAUAAAUGAAAAAUUUUGUCGAAAUCACAUUUUGGAUUCUGAAUUGCAACUUCUAUCUGAAAAUUUUCCAAUUGAUGUUACAACAGAGCUUUUAUCUGUAUCCACUGAAGAUGAGAAACGUAGAGCUGUAUUAAAGCAAACUACACUUGAGAACACCUCAAAACAAUUUAUAGAAAUCUGGGAUAAGCAGAGGCUUGUAGAGAAUUAUGAUUUGGCUGCUUUGGAUGUUCAUGGAGAUGUAUACACAGAUUCUGAAUUUGCUUCUUUUGAAUGGUCUCCAGAUAAGACUAAGGUUUUAUACAUUGCAGAAAAGAAACUUCCAAAAUCUGGACCAUUUUACAAACAAAAACCUCUUAGUAAAAAAGAAAAAGAAGAAGAUGAAGUAUCAGUCGGUAAUGAGUAUAUUUACAAACCUCAUUGGGGAGAACAAUUAGUGGGUAAACAUCGAUCUGUUAUCGGAGUCCUCGAUACAAUAACAGACACAAUAUCAAUUUUAUCGGGUAUACCGGACGAACUUUCACCCGCUCAAGUAUUGUGGACAAAAAAUCAAGGAGUAGUCGGGGUAGCGUGGAAACACGAACCGAGACAUUUAGGUCUUAUUGCCUGUACUAACAGACUGUCUUGGAUAUUUCUACUGAAAGAUGGGGAAUACAAAAAACUCUCGAGCGAUGGAUGCGCCGUCCGUUGCCCCAGAAUUAGUCCCGAUGGAAAACAUUUAAUUUGGCUAGAAAGAGAAGCUGGUGGACCACAUCACAACGCUCACAGAUUGAUGCAUUUGAAGUUAGAUUCUGAGAAACUAGAGGCUGACGUGCUUGUAGAUGUAGUGCACACAUCUAUAUCGAUUAAAAAUUCAAAACAAUUCUACGGUUUGUACGGCCGUUUACCACGACGAUGUUGGAGCAGCGAUUCCCAAUACAUAUUCUUGAGUUCACCUCAACAGAAUAAUAUACGUUCUUACAUCGUUGAUACAAAAACAAAAACUAUAACCGAGAUUGAGAAUGAUCAAACUAGCCUCACUAUCUUGGAUGUGAAAAAUGACAUCAUCGCAUUUUCUGAAAUGUCUCUUGUAGAGCCUUCCGUUCUUACUGUAGGAAAGUUCAAUUUGGAAGUAACUAGCAGCGGUAAUAUCGUGAGAAGUAAACUUUCAACUUCAGCGUUAAUUCCUGGGUCCGAAAAUAUAAUGUACGAGUGUUUGAAUCAUGAUUACGAUAAUCAAGAUGAAAUUAAACACUUUAACUUUAUCUAUUUUGGACCAAAAAGUGGAGAUGACAAAUCUGUACCUUUAGUAAUUGUACCACACGGAGGACCUCACUCUAAUUACGUGAACCAGUUUAUACUCGAUUAUUUCCUCUUUGUAUUGUCAGGCUUAGCCGUGGUGCAAGUUAAUUAUCGCGGGUCAACGGGAAUGGGUUCUAAAAAUGUAGAAUAUCUUCAAGGCAGAGUUGGGGAUGCUGAUGUAACAGAUUGCGUAACCGCUACAAAAGAAGCUUUACGAAAGUAUCCAUGGUUAAAUCCCGAAAAAAUAGGAUUAACUGGAGGUUCACAUGGUGGAUUUUUAGUGACUCAUCUAAGUGGCCAAUAUCCGGACUUGUACAAAGUUGUCGUUGCGAGGAAUCCUGUAAUUGACAUCUCUGCUAUGUUUCGAAUAUCAGAUAUUCCAGACUGGUGUGCCGCUGUUAUAAACUGUUCAUUCGAUGAAACGCCCGCGAUAGACUCGUCUGAAUUUGAAAUGUUCGUGAAAAUGUAUAAAUGUUCUCCGAUUCGUCACGUUGGUAAAGUGAAAGCUCCAACCUUAUUGUGCAUCGGUUCGAAUGAUUUACGCGUACCUCCGUCUCAAGGGAAGCUGUGGUAUCAACGCCUGAAGGCUAAUAAUGUUAAGACAAAGAUGCUUCUUUACGAAGAUAAUCAUCCUUUAGCAUCGGGGCCAGCCGAAAUCGAUAACGUUAUCAAUGCUUGUUUAUGGUUGUUGGAACACAUAUCAACCGAAAAAGUUGACAGCAUAAGUUUGCAAGAAAAUAAAUGUGAUAAAUAUAAUAAUUGUGAAUAAUAAAAAAACUGUUAUCAUAACUUUUCAAAAACAAAAAUAUCGUGAAUGAAAUUUUUAAUAAUUUUAUUAUCACAAAUGUAAUAUUUACAUAAUGUCGUUAUGUAUAUGUUUAUAAAGGUUUGUAACAAAUAAUUUUCAAAAUAUACACAUUUUUGUAGCACUGUAUAAUACUAUAAAAUUUCGAUACUUUAUACGUGUAUAAAAACUCGUUAUAAAUAUCUUACAUAUGUUUCGGCUAUAUUACUUCGAGUUUACAAAAUACAUAGAACAAGUGUUCCAUAUUUUAAUAAAUAUGUGAUUCGUUAUACAGGAUUAUCGUAAUAGAUUACCAAUACUAAAAGAUGCUGUAAUUAAAUUACUUGUAUUAAGAUGUCACAAGUAUUUUUAUAAAAAGUAGAAACAAUUGCGUAUAAAUAUUAUAUUCGUUACGGACUACGCUUUUGCAAUGUUCAAGGAGAAAACUUACAAACUAUAAACAAAGUUUCUUUGUAAUGUAUUUGUUCGUUGUUGUUAAAUAAUUGUUUUUUUUCUUACACAUCUUGUUCGUAUUUGUAUAGUGUCAUACAACAAAAGAGUAUUUUUAUUGGAGCGAUAAAAAACGGGGAAUGCAUGUUAUCUGUUUCGUAUAUAGGAAGGCACUCAUUCAUACCAUAUAUAUGAAGACUGCACUUUAUACAGCGAUAUCUAAUUAAAACAUUAGAUAAUACACUGCCAAUACC